ACAUUGGCAUUUUUCUAUCCAUUUUCAUUUCAAUCUACAAAUUAAUAAUAAUGAGCCAAAAUAUUCCUGAAACUGUGGAAAAAACUGACACCGAUUUGCUGAUUAUGGCCUUGCUGCUUAUUGUUUUUCCGCCACUUGGAGUUCUUCUAAAAAGCAAUGGAUUCACCCCUCCAGUCUUCAUCUCAUUUUUCCUCUACUUUCUAUUCAUACUUCCUUCCUAUAUUUUCUCAGUUUGGUAUUGUUUUGUUCAACAACGAAAGGACAGUAUACUCCCGCUUAGUUCCAAUGAUUUUCACAAUAAUUUAGCAUUAAACAGUAUUUCUGCAAGUGUCUCUCAUAAGGAUAUCCAAGUUUAUUGAUGUUUUGAAUAAUAAGUUAUUUCAUGAAAUUUUAUUUA